AUGGACCUUCUCAAGGAAGCUAAAAUGCUAGACUGCAAACCUGUUAUCACACCUGUUGAUUGUAAACUGAAGCUCGACAUUGAUGGAGAAGCUAUGCAUGAUUUGAGCUACUAUCAAAGAUUGGUGGGCAAGCUUAUUUACCUCACUAUCACUCGUCCAGAUAUCACACAUGCAAUGAGCUUAGCCAGUCAAUUCAUGCACUCUUCCACUUUGCAUCAUUUCAAUAUUGUUAAGAGAAUCCUACGAUAUCUCAAAGGUUCCAUAGGGAGAGGAAUUAUCAUGCACAAUAAUUAUUCCACUACCAUUAGUGGGUACAUGGAUGCAGAUUGGGCAAGGAAUGCAAUUGACAGAAAAUCUACUACAGGCUAUUGCACAUUUGUUGGUGGAAAUCUAGUCACAUGGAAGAGUAAAAAGCAACAAGUUAUCGCUCGCUCCAGCGAUGAGGCUGAAUAUCGAGCAAUGGCGGCCACGGCUUGUGAACUAAUCUGGCUUAAAAGUCUCCUUUCAGACUAA